UAUAAUAAUGGAAUCGCAAUACAAAACGAUUCAUCCAGCCAAGUACCUCAGAGAUCAUUUUGCUUCGAAUAUAAGGCCCGAUGGCAGAGAAUUUAUGUCAUUCCGUCCAGUAAGCGUAUGCGUAGGAUCGAUUACGAAAGCCGAUGGUUCGGCCCUAGUUAAAAUUGGAAAUACAACGGUUGUUUGUGGUAUCAAGGCAGAAUUAGCGUGUCCAAAGGCUGAAAGUCCAGAUUGCGGCUUUAUUGUUCCAAAUGUGGAAUUGGCACCGUUAUCGUCGCCAAAAUUUCGACCCGGUCCUCCCAGUGAAGAAUCGCAGUGCAUAAGCAAGCUUAUUGAAAAAAUAUUAAUAAAUUCAGAGGCCAUAGACUUGAAAAGUCUUUGUAUACAUAAAGAUAAGCUUGCUUGGGUUUUAUAUUGCGACAUUAUUUCUUUGGAUUACGAUGGUUCGGUAAUAGAUGCGUGUACUACAUCCUUGAUGGCAGCAUUAAAAAUACUAACAUUACCGACUGUAGACUAUACUCCAGAGACCGGGUCUAUAAAGAUCGAUAAAAAAAAUAGAAUUCACAUUCCAUUAAAACAAUUAGCUAUUUGUACCACCUUUGCUAUUUUCGAUAACCAACUACUUAUUACUGAUCCAACAGAGGAUGAAGAAAAACACUCUUUAAGUACGAUAAACAUAGUGUUUAACGAAGAUGAUAUGUGUUUUGUUCACAAAUCAGGUGGAAUCCCAGUCUCUCAGAACUUAUUUUCGACGUGUAUAAUAAAAGCGAAAAAUCAUGGAAAUCAAGUAAGGAAACUUAUAUUAGCAGCAGUUAACUGUAAAACGUAACGCAAUUCACUAGUCAAUUUAAUAACUUCAUAUAUUUGUAAAUAAAAAUUUAUUAUCAUUGGUCACAUGCUUAUAAAUAUA